AUGAAUGACAAAAUUUACGAAAACAUGUUGCUGCGUCGCCGAUUUUGUAAAAGAGUGGCUUUGAUGGCUAUAGCAUUUACAAUAUCCUUUUAUGUGUCAAUUCUAUUGUUUGGUGAUCUGAAGGCGCCUAGGGUGAUGAAUUUGACUGAUCUGAACCGAUGUCCGGCAUGUUACGGAGUGUCUGUGUGUCCGGAGCUGUAUUCUAACCAAGUAAUAAUCGAAGGGCAUACAUGGUCGAGCAUGUUUAACGCGAAAAACAUUUUCUAUGGGUACACGAAGUCGAAUCGUCGGGUUGUUUUGAAGAAAUUGGCUCACAACUCUGAGUUCAAGGAUUUUGAUUCUAAGAUGUGUAAAACUUUCAAUUUGAAGCGGAAUUGUAGGCCCAUUCAUUUGCUGAAUGUGACUAAUGUGGAUGAGAAGUUGAUAAAACUGGUGGAGUAUAACUUUACUUGGCCAGACACUGAGCCCAGAAAGGGACUUGUGUUGUGUCCUUAUGCUUACAGUCUGUAUGACUUGGUGUUACCGGUAUUGGACAGUAAGAAGCCUCAGCUGGAUAUGAUUAAUAUAUGGACCAUGCUUAGUUUAAAUCCAGAACCUAUAAUAUUACAGAUUCUACCAAAAUCCAGUGGAUGGCCAGUCCCAGCAUAUGGAGGUGUUUGUGGCCGGCUGGAGGUUGUGGCAGACGAAGGAGAACCUCUUUCAUCCCUCACUCAAGUGGCCUGGUACAGGAAACUGAAGUUUGCUAAGAAAAUCCUUGAUGCUGCCAUGGACUUCACUUUUAAACAUGACAGGUUUCGUUUCUACCUCAUGGACUGGUCAUUAGACAACAUAGUGGCCAAUGAGAAAGACGACAUUACCUUCGUCGAUCUUGAAGACCUGAUAGUUUUAGAUAAGCACAUAUCGCCCGGCAAAGACCUGCCAAACUGGUACCAAAGAUACGGCCGGGAACUCAUUGGUCCUGGCUUCACAUUCUCCAUCGAGAAUAUGUGUAAACACCAUUUAAGCGACCACAAUUUAUGGGCAGCCUGUUACAUUUUAGCAGGCGACGACGAUCCAUACUUGUAUCCAAUACCCAAAGAGGUUAAUUCGUCUCGACCUCAUUUCGACAGGCUGUUGAAUGAAUGCCUGAACGGCGUUGACAGGUUUAAAACAAUAACAACACUUCAACACGUCAUUGGUGAUAUGUUGAUGGAUGAGAAAAUUGUAGGCUACGGAGCUGUUGUCAGAUGAUGAAAUAUUUUAUAAAAAUUGUGUUAAAACAUAAUUUGUGAUUGUAUUUUGUAAUGUCCUUGUGUUGUUGCAUACAUUAUUUAUUUAUACAUAUUCAAGCUUACGAGUUGAAUUUUUAAAUGGAUUAUUGGAUUCUAAAUUUAACUCUCAUCUUUUUAAACUUGUAAUGUUAUAGAAAUAGGACCUUAGUGUGAAUAAUAUUAAAUUAAUAAGAUUUAAUAUUAUGAUAUUACGAAUGCAUUUUACUCAGUGCUUAAAGAUUCGCUAAAGCUUUUUCCGCCUGAAAUAAGUUAAUAAAUGUUUUAUUUUUGACAAUUAUAAUUUAUUUACAAUAAGCAUGACAAAUUUACCAAAAAUCUCAUUUAUUCUGAAUUUAAUUUAAUGUGUUCCUAAAGCUGUGAUAUACUGUUAUUGAUUUAUUGUCAUACCUACAUAUUUGAUUGGUUGUGAAAUACAAUUCUUCUUUUAAUUUA